UGUCCCUCGGACACAGCGGAUCACCGAUCACGGAAAGAGCUGAAGAUGUUGGCUCAGUCAUGUGAUCAGCUGUGUCCAAUCACAGCUGAUCACUGAUCAUUAGGGCACUGAUGAUCAGUGUGCCCUGAUGAUCAGUGUGGCCUCAGCAGUGCCACUUGUCAGUGUCCAUCAGUGCCUUAUGUCUGUGCUCAUCAGUGCCUCAUGCCAGUGCCCAUCAGUGCCACAUCAAUGCCACAUAUCAGUGCCUACCAGUGCACAUCAAUGCCACAUAUCAGUGCCCAUCUGAUCUGCCUUUCAGUGUAACCCAUCAGUGCCAGUCAGUGCCACCUGUCAAUGCCAAUCAGUGCCACCUAUCAGUGCCAGUCAGUGCCGCCUACCAGUGC